UUAGAGAGGAGACAAAAGCUGAGGAACACACAAAAAAACAAAGGAAGGAAAAUUGUGUCAUUAUAAACACAACGCUGCCAUUGAAGAACAAGGUAACUCAUACCUUCAAUGGCGGCCUUUCUCAAGGCAGCUUCCCUUCUCCUCCUCCUUUCUCUCUUCUUCGUUUCCGCUCCCGCCCAAUUUGAUACCGUCGGGGGGUCUUACGGCCCCGGUUCUAACUCGCUCGACGACGGUUUGAAGAAGAUAUUGACAGAUCCUUCGGCUGGAAACAAUGACCCUAGUGUGCAAGGUGGAGCCACAACGACCACACCCAAAGGUAACCUACCGGGUAUAACGUUUCGAGCUGGUCCACAACUGGUGGACGAAUCGGGCACAAGAGAUUUCCCGACGAAUUUUCUAGGGACAUGGAAGUUGGUCUGUAGAAACUCCAUGGUCUCAGCUAUGCACAUGAAUUUGUUGCCAAACAACAGGAUGAUCAUAUUUGAUGCAUCUGCAUUUCACAUUUCACAAAUCAAAUUGCCUAAUGGGAAAUGUAUUCCUUUCAAGACUGAUCAAGGUGCCAUAUUGCAAGAUUGUUGGGCUCAUGGCAUUGAGUAUGAUAUCGACACCGCUAAAAUAAGACCACUCACGAUGACUACGGAUCCAUGGUGCUCGUCGGGAGGGCUCGACGCCGAAGGAAGAUUGGUGAACACAGGUGGUUGGAACGACGGAAACAGAGCCGUCCGAUACAUUACUCCAUGCGAGACUUGCGAUUGGACCGAAUAUCCAACGGCAUUGGCACGUCCAAGAUGGUAUGCGACUCAGGCCACCCUGCCCGACGGUGGUUUCAUCUUGGUCGGUGGUCGGAGAUCUUUCAGCAUUGAAUUUGUUCCAGCAGAAGGAAAAGCAAAUCCAAGAGCUAUCAAAAUGCCUUUCUUGGAUGAAACAACUGAUUUGGAUGAAAACAAUCUCUAUCCUUUUGUUCAUCUUUCUACUGAUGGCAAUGUCUUCAUCUUUGCCAAUAGUCGCUCCAUCUUGCUUAACCCUAAGACUCACACUAUCCUUUACGAGUACCCGAUUUUGGAUGGCGGCUCCCGAAACUACCCCGCAUCUGGAAUGUCUGCACUUCUCCCUCUCAAGCUCCCGCUCGAGAAACCAGAAGCAAUCCCAGCUGAGGUGAUCGUAUGUGGCGGAGCAAAGCCGGAGGCAUACCGGUUGGCGGAGAAAGGGAACUUCAUGCCAGCAUUACAAGAUUGCAAUCGUAUAGAGAUCACAAAGCCGAAGGAUGUUUGGAAGAAGGAAAUGAUGCCAUCUCCAAGAGUUAUGGGCGAUAUGUUAAUUCUCCCAACCGGCGAUCUUUUGAUUAUCAACGGCGCUACUUCCGGUACAUCGGCGUGGAAUUUCGCCGAAGCUCCAAAUUACUCGCCGAUUCUCUACACUCCCGAAAAACCCCAAGGUCAACGAUUUAAACAACUAAUCCCCACCACAAUUCCAAGAAUGUACCACUCCACCGCCGCCGUUCUCCCCGACGGCCAAAUCCUUGUCGGCGGCAGCAACACCAACGCCGGCUACAUGUUCCAAGCUGUCAAAUAUCCGACGGAAUUGAGGAUGGAGAAAUUCUCUCCGCCGUACUUGGAUCCGGCAUACGCCGGAUUCCGCCCCACCAUUCAGGUGGACCAAAUGGAAACGAGUUGGCAAUACGGAAAAGAUUUCGUAGUAAGUUUUAAUUUACUCGUUGACGGCGAACUUGAUCGGGAGAAUGAUAUUAGAGUGACGAUAUAUCCGCCGCCGUUCACGACACACGGUUAUUCAAUGAAUCAGAGGCUUGUUGUGUUGGCGAUUCGGGAAAUAGCGGAGACUCGCGGCGGGAUUUAUAGUGCGACGGUGGUGGCGCCGCCGUCCGGAAUUAUUGCGCCGCCGGGGUAUUAUAUGCUGUUUGUGGUCUACCGUGGAAUUCCAAGUGUUGCAACCUGGGUUCAAAUUAAGUGAUUUGAUUUGAUUUAUUAAAUGAAAUCAUGUCGUUAUUAUUAAUUCUCUCUUUUGAGAUUAUAAUUCGGCUCCAUUUUGAAGAAAAAUUUGGUGGUGGGUUCACCGAUUAAUUUCUUCUCUCUUUUCUCUCUGUUUCUUUUUCUUGUUCUAUUUUUUUUUCUUCCUCCGAUUUUAUUUUUAAAUAAUUUAAAUGAUUUUACUAUUGUUUAUUGUUGUGUUUUUUUAU